AUGGGUCACGGCGAAAUAGCGACCAGGGGGGUUGCCCAGAAAUUCAACGAGGGUAGAUAUAACUGCGCGGGUCAGCAUGUUAGAUCAACUGCCGGAGGGAGUGGUUUCAGUCAGGUUUUCUUGUCUUACAACCAUCUUCUUGCUUGGACUAUUAUCUUGAGCGACGUGCCUGGCCAUGCCACGUCUCAGGACGUCGAGGCGGCCAUCAAACUGGAAUAUGAUAAACCACGGCAGGUUAAGAUGGGGCCCAUUAGCCACGAAGCCUGUGGUCCGGAGGUCAGCGUUGAGGUCCGUUCGCGCCUGGAAAGAUAUGGUCCGAUUCAGAGCUUCUAUCUCGCGCCCGAAUCCACAGGGAAGCGUUUGAAAGCUACAGCUUGGUUACAGCAUGAAGCAGAAGCCAGAUCGGCAUGCUCGCUGGGCGGCCGGACACUUGAUAUUUCUAAUAAGCCGUUCGUCUGGUUACCAAUCCCCUCAGAUAAGAACCAUCUACAGGCCGCGAAAGUCAUUCGCGGUCAGACGGCAAGUCUGCAUCCGAGGAAAAUUGUCCCAUCUGCUUCUACGAGGCCGAUACCCGUAUCAGCGCUUCAAUUAAGCACAUCUACUGCCUUGAAUGCUUCGAGGGAUUCUCCAAAUCCACCGCGUCGACUAGCAGAGGCAGAUUCCAUAUCAAGUGCCGCGGGGACGAAGGGACUUUCUCAACUGUAUACAAUCUCCAGGGACUAA